AUGGGGGUCGAUGUACCACUAGACGCUGUGACAUCACUAUUGAGGGAGCAGCAGGAGUGGGAUUCUGAUCGCAUAAGAAGAUCAUCAAAAGAACAUAUCCACAAGAGGAACCUCCAGAAGAAGGCAAGGAAAACACACCACGAGCAAGAGAAAUCUUACAUGGAGACUCUGCGGGGGUUAGGGAGUGCUGUGGGGGAAUACAUUGGUGAUGGUCAGGGAGAGUCCUCUACAGUGGAGCCACCACUUACAUCUGCUGAUAUUGACAUUGUCGAUGCUGAGUCAGGAGUUGAUGACCAGUCACAGAAUGACGAAGAGGCCUCUCUCUGCUUCAUUGACUGGCUGGCCACUACCACUGCACAUGUCAGUGAAGUUACAGGCAUUCCUCACUACCCAGUUCUUGUAGCUCACAAUGGGUUCUCGUUUGACUUCCCCGUUCUUUUGGCUGAGGUAGAGCGUCGUCCGGAGAGUCUAGCCACUAGUAUUUUUGAAGCCAAAAACAUCCACUUUAGUGAUACGCUCCCUCUGUUACGACAGAUGAAGAAAAAUGGGGACAGUCACCUCGCUGGCAAGAAACUUGGGAUGGGGGACCUAUACCUACACACGCUAGGAACUUGUCUGGAAGGGGCUCAUAGGGCAUUUCCAGAUGUUCUGGCGAUGGAGGCAGUUAUGACACAUCAGUCGCUGAUCAGCUGCCCCCCCAACCUCCCUGUUCGGUCUGCCAAGAAGCAGAUGGAGCUGUGGACCUCACAAAAGCAGAGGUUCCACCAAGCUGAUGCCCUCAUCAGGUCUCUGGGGAAGCCAAGCAUCACUGCAGCCCAGGCAAAAAGGCUGAUCCAACUUGGCUUGGAACACAGCGCUUUGGUGACACUGAGGCCAAAGAGUAGUACUCCAGAGGCAUUCAUGGAAGCUCUGAAGGGGAAGGGAGUUAAAAGCAAGGCCCUGUGUAUCAAGCUAGCAAAGCUUGUUCAUAGCUUACCUUAGUUCAUCACAACAGCAGCUAACCCUGGCAGAAGUCUGUGAGUCAAGAAAUUGUCUGCGCUGUCUGUAGCCCCAGCGUUGCUUCUUCAGGCUGCUACCAACAAACCGGCUCUUCUAAGAGCCACCACAACGAUAAAAGUCUGCACCUACGUACGCAAAUUGGGGCGUGGUCUUACAGGCUUACGCUUAAUUUAUAUUCUAGCGUACGCGUACGCUAGAGCCAGAUAUAAAAAGUGUUCGAUCUGACUAUCUACAUACAGGACUUGGUCUAUAUUUAGCAUGCUGCUAUAAUUAGGUAAGGUGAACAAAGUUACGGGCUGACUUUGUCCAUAUACAGUCUAGAUUUUUCUCUAGAGGGUGGGUCAUGACAAAAAAUUCUCAUAAAUAGAUAACAAAGGGAUUUUAUAACAAAAGCUCUCCGUAAUGUUGAAGAGCUGUGUGUAGUGCACCUGCAAACAAACAAUCAAGUCCAUAGCUCUACUGGUUUCCUAAGCGGAACUUCUUUUAGCUAUAUUAUGAUGAAAAUCAAGUGUAAAAUCUGUUGUCAUCAUCCUUUCCUCUCUAUUUUUGGAAUGCACACUAGUAGAGUGUUGCUUCAUAAUUCUGUGAAGGAUCCAUGUCUCCCCUGCAGGUAGUUCAUAGU